AUGGCGCAUAAAAUUCGAUUACAGUCAAGUGAUGGAGAUACGUUUGAUGUAGAUGUUGAGAUAGCUAAACAAUCAGCAACAAUAAAAACAAUGCUCGAAGAUCUUGGUAUGGAAGAUGAAGAUGAUGUUAUUCCUUUGCCAAAUGUUAAUUCUGCCAUAAUGAAACGGGUUAUAACAUGGUGCACACAUCAUAAAGAUGAUCCUGCGCCACCCGAAGACGAUGAAAAUCGUGAGAAAAAUACAAAUGAUAUAAGCUCAUGGGAUCAAGAUUUUCUUAAAGUUGAUCAAGGAACAUUGUUUGAAUUAAUACUUGCAGCCAAUUAUCUUGAUAUAAAAGGUUUACUUGACGUUACAUGUAAAACGGUUGCUAAUAUGAUUAAAGGAAAAAUGCCAGAAGAAAUACGUCGUACAUUUAACAUUAAAAAUGAUUUUACACCGCAAGAAGAAGAACAAAUUAAAAAAGAAAAUGAAUGGUGUGAAGAAAAAUAG